AUGGAUAAUCUCAAGAGGCGACAUGCCACUCACAACAAUACCGAGAUCGUCCCUCUACAAGAGCCCCAUUUCCAAUCGCCGAGUCAUCAUCAAAGCUUCUCUGCAUACGAUGAGAAACAAAAGUUGUACAGACCUACUCUCCAGCAACAACCUAUCGUAUACUCCUCCAACAAGUACAUUGCAUUCUGCCAAAGGCACCAACGCGCGUUGAUACCAGCUGUGCUGACUCUCUUGGCAUUUUGGACCCGUUUCCGUAUCAUUGGUCGAUCCAAUAUCGUCGUAUGGGAUGAGGCCCACUUUGGCAAGUUUGGUUCCCAUUACCUCAAGCAUGAAUUCUAUUUCGAUGUACAUCCACCAUUGGGCAAAAUGCUGGUUGGUCUCUCAGGAUGGUUGGCUGGUUACAAUGGUUCCUUUGGCUUUGAAUCAGGACACACGUAUCCAAGCAGCGUCAACUAUGCCGCAAUGCGCAUCUUUAAUGCAUUUUGGGGUGCCAUGCUCGUCCCAUUGGCCUAUUUGACAGCUCAACAAUUUCACAUGUCUUAUAAAGCAAGCAUCCUUGCUGCUACCAUGGUAUUACUCGACACCGCGUAUCUUUGCAUCAGUCGAUUUAUUUUGCUGGAUUCAAUGCUUUUGUUUUUCACAUGUCUAUCGCUCUAUUGUCUAUCAGUAUUUCACAACCUUCGAAAUCAGCCCUUUACUGAAAAAUGGUGGUUAUGGCUGGCUUUGACAGGUUUCUCACUGGGCUGCGUAUCCAGUGUCAAAUGGGUUGGUCUAUUUGCAGUAGCACUUGUGGGUAUCUAUACCAUCGAGGAUCUCUGGGAUAUGCUUGGUGAUCGACACAUGCCAAAGAAGGUGUACGCUGGACAUUGGAUUGCUCGUAUCUUGUGUUUGAUUUGCUUGCCCAUUGCCGUAUACUUGUUUUCCUUUGUAUUACACUUUGCCAUUCUUUAUCGAAGCGGCCCUGGCGAUGCACAAAUGAGUUCCCUGUUUCAAGCAAGACUUGUUGGCAAUAAUUUUGAAAAGAAUCCACUAGAAUUGGCCUAUGGCUCCAAGUUGACCAUCAAGAACUACGGCUAUGGUGGUGGUCUUUUGCAUUCUCAUGUCCAAACGUACCCUGAAGGAUCAAAACAGCAACAAGUCACGUGCUACCAUUACAAAGACGACAACAACCAUUGGAUUGUGCGCCCUCCUCGUGAUGUUGGAAGUAUCAGCGACUAUGAACCUGAAGAUGGCAGUAUUCGAUUUGUCAAGGAUGGAGAUAUUGUUCGUUUAAAGCACUCGCAAACAGGCCGCAACUUGCAUAGUCAUCCGAUCAAUGCACCCAUUACGAGCGGUCAGUGGGAAGUGAGCUGCUACGGCAAUGAGACGAUUGGCGACAAUCAAGAUAAUUGGCGGGUGGAAAUUGUGGAUGAUACCAAUUACAACGACAAGGAACGUGUGAGAUCAUUGACAACUCGUUUCCGGUUACGACAUACACAUCUCAACUGCCUACUUGCUGCAAACAAUGUCGUUCUCCCUCAAUGGGGUUUCAAACAAGUGGAGGUGACAUGCGACAAGCGUAAUAACGAGGAUGAUCCGCAUACAUGGUGGAAUGUAGAAGAGCAUUACAAUGACAAACUUCCUCCGGCACCCAAGAAUGCUUACAAGUCCCGGUUUUUGCAUGAUUUUUGGCAUUUGAACGUAGCCAUGUGGACAUCCAACAAUGCUCUCAUCCCUGAUCCUGACAAGGAAGACAUUCUUUCAUCCUCACCACCAGAAUGGCCUUUGGCAUCCGUGGGUUUACGUAUGUGCGGAUGGAGCGAUGAUAUUGUCAAAUUCUAUUUGCUUGGCAGCCCUGCUGUAUGGUGGACGGCAUUCGCUUCUCUUUUGGUGUUUGUAGGAACCACGUCCUAUUACAUUAUUCGCAUGCAACGUAAAAUGAUGGACUUGUCAAAUGCUCAAUGGGAUCAUUAUCUCUACGUCGGCAAGACCUUGUUCCUAGGAUGGUUCCUGCAUUACAUGCCAUUUUACAUUAUGGGUCGCGUUACAUACUUGCACCAUUACUUUCCGGCUCUUUAUUUCAGCAUCUUACUGGUGCCUUUUAUGAUGGAGCAUUUCACAGCCCACCGAUCGCAGCGUGUGCAAUGGAUUGUAUUUGGUACCGCCUAUGCCUUGGUGAUUUUGGUCUUUAUCUACUUUGCACCUGUCGCAUACGGUAUGAAGGGUCCCAUAUCAAAUUACAAAGGACGACAAUGGCUCAAGAGCUGGAAUCUUGUGGAUUCGUAA